UAGGGCAACAGGAGAACCGCUAUAGUGGAAAAACGCGCAAGAGGUUGCAGACGUUGGAAGAAUCUUGCAUCUGGAUGCGCCUUACCAUAAAUGGAAAGUGGAGGGUGGUUCUAGGUAACUCCCAUUUGUUUUGGGACCCUAGAUACCCCCAAGCCAAAGCGUGUCAAGGGGAGAUCUUUAUCAACGUCAUCGCAGAAGACACCAUGGAAUGGGCGAGGGAAAUACUGGCUCCUUUGGAGCAGGAGGAAGAGAAACCAGUAGAGGCCUCCAACGAUCAUACUACUACUACUAAUACUAGUGAAGACAAGUUGCAAAACAAAAGCUUAAAAAAAUCACCUGCUGCAGCUGCGAAGAAAGAUCAUAUUGAGCAACCUGGUGGUUCCGACGUUCAGCAGACAAUAUCCAAAACCAGUAGCAGGCCAGAUCAAGUCGGAGCUGUUUCACCAACUGAUUCAGAGACUGCAGGAGGAGCCUCCUCGUCAAAGCCGCCUUCACAUAAAAAAAAGAAAAACAAGAAUCCAGCGAAUAAUCAGCCUAAUUCUCCUCCAGGUGCAAAAGCAAAUGUGUCUAAUGGAGGUGACCCGUUUGCGCAUAAGGUGGACCUCGAUAUGCUGCGUCGUGCGGGUAUUAGCUUCAUCUUUGCCGGUGACUGGAAUACGAUACCGAACUUUCAAGCCGAUUUUUGCACUGAGGAUGAAAUUCAUCGACUAGCUGCAGAUCCGAUUACCUGCGCCAAAUUGUAUGUCCCGAACACCAGGAGACCAACAUCCUUGCCAGCUUGUUGCACUGAAGGUACUGUAGUAGGCGACUCAAGAGGUAGUGGUGAAGCAGCUAGUGGUGGAGGAGGCGCUGGAACAACUUUGUCAAAUACAGCAACAAUAUCAACAUCUACAACUAGUACAAGUACUGCAACUGCUGCUUCUGGCACAGCUAGUUCAUCUUCCACCACCGGUAAUGCUCCUCUUGAGAAUAAGAGCAAGACAGGUAACGAAGAAAGCGAUGCAGGAGGAAAAGCAAAGGAAAAUGUAGUCACAGGGAGAUACAAGACACCUCCUGUAGCUGUUGGAAUAACAGGGCUUGAAGCCGAUGAGCAAAGCCAAACAAAUAUAACAGCAGAAACUUCUAGUGGAACAGAAAAAGCGAACGAGAAAAAGCAGGAAACUGUUCCACCUGGUGGAAUCUCUACUUGUGAUUUUUCUCCGGUGUCCCGUGUAGAAGGAAGUACAGCUGAAUCUUUUUGUGUUUCCGCGACCACGACCUGCACCACGACAGGAGGCGUGAAUGUCAAUACUCUGCUGACGCCUACUACCUCAUCUUCAAGCACAUCAAAUGUGCAUGCAGGAGGAGCUAGGGAUGAGCACGAAGGCGAUCAACAACAUGAACAUGCUUCUUCUAUAGUUGCUCCUGAUCAUACUACAGAUACUCCGGCCACGUCUACAACACCGUGCUCGCCUACUUCUUUUAAGACUCGUUUCCCUAUAAUUCAUUAUAUUUACAAGCUACUGAAUGUAGUGGGAGAUAGCUGUGCAAGAGGUGCUUAUUCAGCUAUCCCUGGCCUCCUUGUGCCUCUGUGUUUUUUCUGGUUUCUUGAAUUCGCUACUCUACCCUUUCUUCCCUGGUUUUUUCUGAUAGUACAUGAUGGACGGCUUGCGCUUCACGUAUUCUACCUCUAGAUGUUUAUUCUUACCUUCCAGCACUGUUCUCUCCGCUCCAAAGCUCAUUUACAUUUUAUUUAGAAGCAUCUUUGAUACCCUGACUUUAGCGGGGAAAACACUUCAUCAAAGACGACUAUGACUUAC